AUGCAACCGAUCGUUCAACGAUUAUUUUUUGAGUUUUAUCAAGAAAAUACCAAUGAACAUAGUCCACGGGAUGAAUAUAAACCAAGUUCAGUGGAUUUUUUUAUACCUGCCAUUGCUGAAUUCAUUGGCUCAUUCUUGUUCACUUUCUUAACACAAACACUGUCAGUAAUAUUUGUUGGAAAAUGUCGUUUAGCAAUUGGAUUUUUCAUGAUAUUUAUGCAAUUUUUCGGAUCAUUUCUUGGUGCUGUUUAUGCGCAAUGUAUUCUGCAAGACAAUAUGUUUGCAAUAGCAAUGAAUGCAGCAAUAAAAUGGUCUAACACGGAAAUUUAUUUGGCAAAUCGUUUGCAGUAUUUUUUCAUGGAAUUAACACUAAGUACAUUAAUUUGCUGUGCUUACCUGUUCACAGGUAUUAUCAAUCAUGGUAGGAAUGGAGCUUUGUGUGCUGCAGUUGUAUCUGUCACACGGGUCAUUAUUACUUUUAUUGGAUGUUCUAUUAUCGGUCAAACAGCAAAUCUGGCAAGAAAUAUUGGCUUAACUUCUACAGCAUACAUAUUUCUAUCCGUACAUGAUGAAUGGCGCUUCAUUUACGUGCCCUUUCUCGUUGAUCUCAUUUCCGCUCCUAUUGCUGCCUUAAUUUAUUGGAUAUCAGUGAAAUAUGCAGUAGGAAAUAUUAAUAGUAUGCCGAAAGAUUGA